UCUAAUGGCUUUAGUACCGGUUUCUUGGCUAUAACAAUGCAUCGCAUGGGGUAGAACACGUAAGUCUUGAGCAGAGUUACAUAUUUGGAAGCUUUCAUACCUGUGAGAGGGAUUUGGCACUGUUCAAGAUUAAUUCCCACAAAUUUUCGCUACCACCUCUAAUAUGUACGAGAUAAGGUAUCUGCUACGAGCAGUUUUGUAGUGAGUAAACUUCUGCAGAUUCACCUUAGAUCUGGCAUACUAAUUGCCUGAGUAGUAUUCCUUUGAACCCCCCCAUGCUAUUGUAUUGGAAAAAAGUCUUCAAAGGUAUUCACCUAAAAGCAGAGUUGCCAAGUUUGAAAAACAUGUUUUCUGAAUUUUUCCAAAUUGAGGGCUCUACUACCAGACCAGACUUCUUCGAUAAUAAGCUGAAAGGGGAAGAGACCCAACUAUAUCCCUUGCUAGCCAUCCAAAAAUUAUGAUUAAGUCCUAGUUUGGGUAUUUGAAGUUCUAUCCUCGAAGGUCACAGUACUCAUGCCAUAGAUAGCCUUUGAUUGACUAAUAAAUUACUACAAAUAAAGGAUUCAGGCUGAAUUAGGAGCAAAAUUUCCUCUUUUUAGUAAGCUUACAAAUGCAAUUAUGUCUAUUAUUUUUACCAUGCCUCCAACCUAUCCUCCUUACUAAUAGAGCACUCUUAAUACCACCCUCUGAAAGAAAAGGGUAAUGCCCAAGAAACUAAAUAUUAGUGAAAUACUUAUUGACAAUAAAAUUCACACAGUCAAAAUAUUGAACAAUUUUUCUUUCUUAGAUAGCUUUCACUUAGACAU